UUGAUUAAAGAAGAAGAAAAACAAAAACGUACUAAAAAUUCGUUGAAAAUGGGCAAGGACCGCGGACGAGGACGUCGGAAUUUUCAAUCCAAACCGUACAACAAAAACAACUGGCGUGGUCAAAAGAAGGAGCAUGCCAAGCAUAGCAAUGGAAAUAGUCAUUCACAGCCGCGCAACAGAGCACCACAGCAAAAGUGUACUCUGCGCGAGAACCAAGUGGGCAUAACGGAAUUUACAAAUGCAGAAAUAGCUGGCUUUACGGGGAUCUUGAAAUCCAGAUUCUCCGAUUUCCAUGUGAACGAAAUUGACACCGAAGGGCACGUGCUGCAGCUGAACGAUCUCAAAGUGCCAAAGAUAGAAAUUGAACCUGUGGAGCCUUCUUUGCUGGACGAAUGGCGUGAAAAAUUGGCCACUGUUAUUGACGAUACCGUGUGGCAGCAGAUAGCUGACUUAUCCGCAGCCAAAUAUGAUGCCAAGUCUGACCAGAAUGUGGAUAUAAACGUUAGCAGCCUGACCAAGGAGGAGCGCACGCAAAUACAUCUCCUUGUUAAGCAGCUGUACAAGAGCAAACUAGUGUCCAAGACACUUGACCAGCAGCCGGAGCAACAGGUGCCCGCUGCCGAGGAGCAGAAAAUCAUACGCAUCUCAAAGCCCAAGCCAGGUCGCUCUGACAAUCGAUGGAACUUUCCUCAUGACUUUGUCUGCUUUUUGGUGCACAAAGUCAACAUGGACACGAGUGAGGUUGCCUCAACGUUAGCCAAUCGUUUGACGCUGCGUCCCUCUCAGGUGAAUUAUUGCGGCACCAAAGACAAACGCGCCAAAACCACGCAACGCUUUUGCAUCAAGCGUCGGACGCCCGAGGCUAUAGCCAAUGCGGCCCGGGGCAUGGGAAAUGUCUACAUUGGCAACUUUAGCUUUAGGCCCGAUACGCUGAAACUGGGUGACCUGAAGGGCAAUCGGUUUCGCAUUGCACUGCGCCACAUUACACAUCCGCGGGAGCACAUCGAGGCAGCGUUGCAAUCACUGAAGGAGCGCGGUUUCAUCAACUAUUAUGGCUUGCAGCGGUUCGGUAAUAGCGCCAGUGUUCCCACCUAUGAGGUGGGCGUGGCGCUGCUCAAACGCGACUAUAAACUGGCAUGUGAGCUGAUACUGAAGCCGCGCGACAACGAUGUGGAGUUUAUGCGUGCCAUACGCGAGGCCUGGUGGGAGAAUCGGGAUUCUGCUGCAGCUGCCGCCAAGUUCUAUGGCAAUAAAUUCAUUGAAAAGAAACUGCUGGAUGGCCUAGCCACAUACGGCGAGAACGAUUAUGCUGCAGCUCUUCGUCGCAUACCACGCAAUAUGCUGCUUCUGUAUCCUCAUGCCUAUCAGAGCCUGAUCUUUAAUCGCAUUGCAUCGCGACGCAUUAAAGAGUUUGGCCUGAAGCUAAUACCUGGAGACCUGGUUUAUGUUGAGGACGACAACGGUCAGGAAGUCAAAGCUCCAGAAGAGCCAGUCCUUCCAGCAGAAUCUGAGGAAAUGGUCGAAGAUGACUUGGAAGGUGAUGCCGACAAUUUGCUGGAAGAGGAGUCAAUAUUUAAACGCAAAGUGCGGCCAUUAAGCGCCGAGGACAUUGCCGGCGGAAAAUAUAAGCUGUCGGAUGUGGUGCUGCCGCUGCCUGGCUACGAUAUAACAUAUCCCAGCAACGAAUGUGCCGCUUGGUAUGAGGAAAUGCUCGCCGAGGUGGGCCUAAGCUCGGAGCAACUGCGGCACAAGGAGAAAACCUAUGCGUUAGGCGGUGCCUAUCGUAAACUGUUAAUACAAACGGACGACUUGAAAUGGAGUUUCCGCCGGUACAGCACACACGAGGACACUCUGAUCGCCUCCGACUGGGAGCAGUUAAAAAACAUUGAAGUAACACCCGAACCCGCUGAGUCAGAGGGCGAGUAUACGGCCCUGCUGCUGGAGUUCACAUUGCCAACGGCCGUUUAUGCCACAAUGUUAUUGCGCGAGUUAUUCAAGCAGGACACAUCGACAGCCUCACAAAUGCAGCUGGAACAGGAGGAAAUCACUAAGAAAUUGGCACAAGAAAUUCCGGCAACUGAUGCCGAGGCGCAGACGCAGCCAAUUUGAAAAAAUAACGUUCUCACUAAAGAAAAAAUCGAUAAGGAAAAUCAAUUUACGCGCGUUCCUCUUGUACGUGUUUGUGUGUGUCUGUGUGUGUGUGUUACUUCAAACCAACCACAACAAUAACAAUGCGCACGUGAGUGCACGCGCUCGUCCUCUCACGCGUACGCUCACGCUCUCCGUUGCGCUCUUGCUCUCUCUGGCUCUCCUUUUGUGUAGCGCUCUUUUUGCGGCCAGGACAAGCUUUGAAGUCCUAUUCCGUGGUUAUUAGUACGCUGACAAGCGAGAGCUUUGGACGCGCUGCGCAGUUCGCAGUUAACGUCGCCGUGUUUGUGCGUGUGCCUACAUAAAUGUUGUAAAAGGAGAAUAACAAUAACAAAUAACAAACGAAGUUAAGCAGAAACCAAUUUGUAAAUGAUAUUUAACCGUUAAGUUAUCGAAACAAAAGGAAAGCGCACAAGGUGAAUCAUACAACGUAUAUUAAGUACACACACACACACACACACACACAGACACAUUUAAAUAAGAUUUAGGCGCGUACUUUUCAAAAA